AUCGUCAGUCUUCGUCUCUCUGGCCCGGGAUUGGUCGAGGAGCUUUACUUUCCAAUAAUAUAAACAUGUCUACUGCUCGCCUGGCUUGAACCAAGGCUUACAGGGGACUGUGCAGUUCUACAUCAAACUGUAUAAAAACUCUCAUUAUGUAUUUGCCUGUGUUGUUGCAGGGGCUGAAUCUUUAUCACUGCUAGAGAAUAUGCACAUAGCUGCACGUGCACGCGUGAGGAAACGAGGAUACCCUGCUGCCGCUGCUGCAAGAAAGAGAGAGGGGGACUCUGCCGUGCUUUCAUCAUUAUAAUCACCAUCCUAAGUACUAGCUCUUAACAUUUUGUUUUUCGGUGUUCAGGCGAGAAGUGACAAGAAUAUAGACCCCUCCUCUGCAGGGCGGAGCGUGCAUUUUCAUUUCGUAUUUUGUAUUUUUUUUAUUUUUUUUCUACCCCUGUUCCCUGCUCUGACACGUCUGCACUGAGUGAGUGGCAUUGGCACACUGUCAAUCGCUCACUACCGCUGCCAUCAAACAACAUAAAACACACACAGGCAGAGGCUGGAGCUCAUAAAUUUCAGCAGGGCAAGAUAUUUUUUGCGCAUCGCCUUUAUACAGCGGUUGUAUCCUAAUUAAUUUCUUCUCGCUGUUGCUUUUUUCUAAACAGAAAUCUCCCAACUUUUUUGUACAUUUCAUAUUUUUAUAGUCACAUUUGGACACCUUAUGCAGUAGAUUGUGUAUUUUUUAACACUGUCAGUUGUCGCGGGAGUCAUUUCUGCACAUUUAUAGUUGGCAACACCUGCAAGCCUAAGAUUUUUUCUUUUGAUUUGUUUACACGUUUCCACAUUGGAUAUUUUUGUUGCCGGUGCUUUCACGAGGAGGAUUUGGACAUUUUCUUUUUCUUUUUUUUCCUGGAGAGGAAAUGCGCCGGGAAUCCCAUGAAGAGAGCGCUAAUAAAUGAGAGAUCACCAAGGAGCGUUUCUGUCUACACCACCCGUCAAAUCCCAGAGAGAAGACAGAUUGGCAUGAGGAUUCGUGCGGGAUACGAUGGACCGUCAAUUUUGAUAAAGAAGUUUUAAGAAGAAGAAGAAAACGAUUUAUGCAUUUUUCUACAAACACGGUCACGCGUUUUGGCACUUUGGACCGCGCGUAAAAAAAAAAAAAAGCAGAAGCGAGAGGACAGCGAGAACUUGGACACAAGAUUUUACGCUAUAACAUCACUGCUAGUCUUCGUUUUUUAAAAAUAAAAAAGCCUGUGCGCUCUUGUGUCGCUGAAGAACCCCACAGCCGUUGCAUCCCUUCAGUCUGCGGCACAUGUUGUAGCCGAUUUCGUAUAUGAGUUUUUCAAUUUGUGUGGCUCAGUGCACAGACUCUUUAUCGGCUACUAUGGACGAUCAAGCCCGGAUCAUGCAGUCGAUCGGCGGUGUCAGUCUGGCUGGCCACUCGGUACAGGGAGGCAUGGCACUGCCGCCUCCACAUGGACACGAUGGGACAGACGGAGACGGAAGAAAACAAGACAUUGGUGACAUUCUCCAUCAAAUAAUGACCAUAACUGAUCAGAGUCUGGACGAGGCGCAAGCAAAGAAACAUGGACUGAACUGUCACAGAAUGAAACCAGCACUCUUCAGCGUUCUCUGUGAAAUCAAAGAAAAGACAGGUCUCAGCAUCCGCGGCGCCCAGGAGGAGGACCCCCCAGACCCCCAGCUCAUGCGUUUAGACAACAUGCUGCUCGCGGAGGGCGUGGCAGGACCAGAGAAAGGUGGCGGAUCUGCUGCUGCCGCAGCUGCAGCCGCGGCCUCGGGCGGGGCGGCCGACAACUCCAUUGAACAUUCCGACUACAGAGCCAAACUCACCCAGAUCAGACAGAUCUACCACACAGAGCUGGAGAAGUACGAACAGGCAUGUAACGAAUUCACUACCCAUGUGAUGAACCUGCUGAGGGAACAGUCUCGCACGCGGCCCAUCUCUCCCAAAGAGAUUGAGCGCAUGGUGGGAAUCAUCCACCGCAAGUUCAGCUCCAUCCAGAUGCAACUGAAACAGAGCACCUGUGAGGCUGUCAUGAUCCUGCGCUCCAGAUUCCUCGAUGCCAGGCGGAAAAGGAGAAACUUCAGCAAGCAGGCGACAGAAAUUUUGAACGAAUACUUCUACUCGCACCUCAGCAACCCGUAUCCGAGCGAGGAGGCUAAAGAGGAGCUGGCCAAGAAGUGCAGCAUCACAGUUUCCCAGGGGGUGGGAAGCACCAUCACAGUAUCACAGGUAUCCAACUGGUUUGGCAACAAAAGGAUCCGGUACAAGAAAAAUAUCGGCAAGUUUCAGGAAGAAGCCAACCUGUAUGCCGCCAAGACUGCUGUAAAUGCAGCACACGCUGCAGCCGCUGCAGUGCAGAACAGCCAGGCCAACUCCCCUACCACACCUAACUCCGGAUUCCAGAUGAAAGAUGAAGAGUUUCAGCUGGAUUCUGCAGAGAGCAAAAACACUCUUUUAAGCAACAUGUUUACUGGUUCUUCAGGUUCUUUUAACCUCCCAAACUCUGGGGACAUGUUCUUGAGCAUGCAGAGUCUGAAUGGGGAUUCUUACCAAGGGGCACAAGUCGGAGCCAAUGUACAGUCACAGGUGGAUACCCUGCGCCAUGUUAUCAGUCAGACGGCAGGAUACAAUGAUGCUCUUGGGGGCAACACGAUGUAUAGUCCACAUGGCUUAAAUGCUAAUGGGGGAUGGCAAGAUGCAACGACUCCGUCUUCUGUAAUAUCUCCGACAGAAGGACCUGGAAGUGUGCACUCCGAUACCUCGAAUUGAUCCGCUAUUAAUGCAUCUUCGCCUCAAGCUGGGCAUGGACUUUUUAACUGGCUGACCAACUGCAGAGGAUAUUAAAAAAAAAAUGUCACAACAAGAUUUGUUUUCCUGUACCUUAAAAUUUCCCAGAACCAUGCCACACAAAAUUAACAUCUUCCAUCACAAACACCGAGUGUUUCCUGAUUGUUCAAUGUUUUCGUUCUGUCUUCAUAAAUCAACCGUAAUCACCAUGCCCUUUUUUGUUUGUAGUAGGAGUAAGCACACACACACAUGUACAAAUAGAAAACAGCCCUCAGAUGUUACUCAGUAAACUUUCAGGAUAAUUAUCUUCUCUGAACUCAAAAUACUGGAUGACACUUGUGUAUUUAACGUGACAUUUUUAUGACAUUUUAAAUGCCCAUUUGUUUGAUUCUUGAUUUAAUUACCACUCUCCAUUUUGAUAAUUGGGUUCUCUUUCAGUUCUUACAAUACAUAGAUUAAAGCAGCUGUUUUCUUUGACUGUAAUGUGCUCGCAAUCUUGUCCGGCAACUCAACAAUGCUACUGUUGACAGCUCAAUGGCAGCUUUGUAGUUCCUUUCAAGAUUUAUUUUCGCCUUACAGCCGUGUACAUUAGUACAAGGGAAUGACUAUUCAAACUCUGGAACAUAAAGAAGUGUAAUUGAUUGCUUGACUAUAACAUGACACCAUUCCAUAUUUUAUAAUUUGAUGUUUAGUAUGUACAUAUGUAAACAUUUUUUUCUUUUUGUACUGCUUAUGGAAAUCAACAAAUCCCCCACAGUAGAUCAUUCCUUCAUGGCACAAGAGCAGGCCCCCAUUACACAGGAAAAGUUGUACAUAAUAUAGCUAAAGAGUAAUUAUACACCCCACCAAUCAAUCCACAGCUUUAUUACCUCAUUCCAAUCCAUAGAAACCAAUAAUUUCCAACUUUUCUGUAGCUUAGAGUGCUCACUUACUACCUCUAAACAAUAUCACCACCAUUGUUUCUUUUGCCCUUAUUUAAUGUUUUUAUGUAGUUAUUUUGAUUACAUCUUGUAACACUGUAAACUCUUCAUUCUCUAUGUAAUCUAAUGUAUAUUUUAAUCUUUUAAUAAAAUGCUGUUGCUGUACUGCAACUUAAAAUGACAAAAAUAAAAAAAAUGAAAAUGAUAACAAUAUUAAUACCAUGAAAAAUAGACGGGGAGUGCGUGGGGCGGGAUGAAGAAGUUGUUGGUCUGUGACUUUUACGAGGGGAGGGCGGGGGGUGCGAUGAACAUUGUUGAUAAAUUAACACUAAACAGUAAAACUGUUGUAAAUACUGAAGAAAAAAAACAUUUUGAAUGUUGCUCAUCUUGUUACUAAAUCAUGCAAAAAAAAGAAGAAAAAAAUCACUAUAAAAACUGUAAUGCAUAGAGGUUUCAGUAUUCAGAACUGUAAAUUUCCAGCUCUGUUCAACAGGGUUCAAGACUUCUUUUCUCUUUUUUCUAUUGUAUGUGAUUCUGAAACUGAAAAGUCAUGACAAAUGAUUUGUGGCAGUGAUUCUAAUGUAUUAAAGAUGUUUAGUGUUACUUUCUAACCAGACUACACCCUGGACUGAAAAGUCUUCCUUGUGGUAGUUGUGUAAUUUCAAACAUGAAUAAACCUUUUGCUUUCA